CAGCGUCUUAAAACCUUCGUGUAACAACACGUUUCUCACUUUUAUUUCAAAGAUGUACUCCUCAAAGUGAGACUGAAGAUGUGUAAGAACAACUAACGUAUGUUUGAGUAGUUAAAUCAAAAGUAUAACAUCUGAACGCGAGCGAUAAAAACUGCGUGCACCACAAUCUACAGAAAGAUAAUGAGGAUCGUUGCGCUACCGCCAAAACACCAGAGGGCGCACUACAGGCGCUGCUCUCUAAGCAACACCAUCACUGAGGCUGAAGAAGACGUUAUAGGAAGCGAUGAGGAAGGGAGUCUGAAAUAAACAAUACAAUGAAAUAUUACACAUAAUGAUAAUAAUACAACGUUAACUGGGGGUUUCAUAUAUUAAAGUACCGUCAUUUCUUCGAGAGAAGAGGACAUGGCGUUUGUCACGGCAAACUGGAACCCUCUGGGAGAGGCGUUUUACAGAAAGGUCGAGUUGUAUGACAUGAGCUGGAAAUUAAAGGAGGGUUUGAGAGAAUGUCUGAUUACAGCAGCUCCGUAUGGGGGUCCCAUCGCUCUCUUAAAGGGGUACCAACGGCGCUCACCAAGUACCAGGCCACAAUUAGAGAUCUACUCGUCCUCCGGAGUACCUAUGGCCAGUUUUCCAUGGAAGAGUGGGUUGGUGAAGCAGUUAGGAUGGACGGUGUCUGAUGAUCUUCUGUGCGUUCAGGAGGAUGGCACUGUUCUGGUCUAUGAUCUGUUGGGAGGCUAUAAGAAACAUUUCAGCAUGGGCAAUGAAGUUUCUCAAAGUCAGGUGAUGGAGACCAAGAUUUUCCAUUCACCGUAUGGGACUGGAGUCGCUAUAUUAACCGGUGCAUUGCGGUUCACUUUGGCCACAAACAUCGAUGACAUAAAACUGAAGAGGUUACCUGAAGUACCCGGUCUAGAAGGGGCGCCCACAUGCUGGGCGGUCCUGACUCAGGACAGGCAAAGUAAAGUGCUGGUUGCUAAUGGAUCUCAUCUCUUCAUCCUUGAUAAUACAUCCUGCACGUCUGUGACUCCUCCAGGUCUUUCUCCACAAGCAUCCAGCAUACUGCACAUGUGUGUUUCAUUCAGUUAUAAAUAUCUGGCUCUCCUCACAGACUCGGGUCAUGUGUGGAUGGGCACGUCAAACCUAAAGGAGAAAAUCAGCGAGGUGGACACCAACAUUAGAACUCCCCCAAAGCAGAUGGCCUGGUGUCGUCGACCCAAGAGUCAGCAGUCGUCGGUAGUGAUCAUGUGGGACAGGCUCCUACUAGUGGUAGGCGAGUGUAAAGAGAUGAUUCAGUACCCCCUGGACAGCGACUCUGUUUUGGUGCCGGAGAUGGACGGGGUCAGGAUCAUCAAUGAAACGCACCACGAGCUUCUGCAGGAGGUCCCGGGUGCCUGUGAGGAGAUCUUCAAAAUAGCUUCAAUGGCUCCUGGAGCAUUACUCCUGGAGGCGCACAAAGAAUAUGAGAAAGAGAGUCAGAAGGCAGAUGAGUAUCUAAGAGAGAUUAAAGAGCAGAAUCUGCUGGCCGAGGCGGUGAAGCAGUGUGUGGAGGCAGCCGGUCACGAGUACGAACCCGAGACACAGAAAACUCUCCUGAGGGCCGCUUCAUUCGGAAAGUGUUUCCUGAGCAAUUUUCCUCCUGAGCUUUUCAUCAGCAUGUGUCGGGACCUGCGGGUGUUGAACGCGGUGCGAGAUUACACCGUCGGCAUGCCGCUCACUCACACUCAGUUCAAACAGAUGACCAUACAGGUGCUAAUCGAUAGACUGGUGCAUCGUAAACUGUAUCCCUUAGCCAUUGAGGUUUGCCGCUUUUUAAAGACUCCAGAAUAUCAAGGAGUGAGUCGGGUACUCAAACACUGGGCCUGCUACAAGGUCCAGCAGAAGGAGGAGUCAGAUGAGGUCAUAGCGAAAACUGUGAACAUGAGGCUUGCUGAUGCCUCUGGAAUCUCCUACUCCGAAAUUGCCACAAAAGCAUACGAAAGCGGACGCACUGAGCUGGCCAUUAAGUUGUUGGAGUAUGAGCCACGCUCUGGUGAGCAGGUCCCACUGUUGUUAAAAAUGAAGAAGAGUCCUCUGGCUUUGAGCAAAGCCAUUGAAAGUGGAGACACAGAUCUCGUGUACACAGUGGUCAUGUAUCUGAAGAACGAACUGAACAGGGGAGACUUCUUCAUGAUGUUGAGGAACCAGCCCGUGGCUCUGAGCCUCUACAGACAGUUCUGUAAACACCAGGAGCUGAACACACUGAUGGAUCUCUUCAAUCAAGAUGAUGAUCACCAAGAACUCGGAAACUACUAUGUAAAGGCCAGCUAUAAAGAGCCGAGACUGGAGGCCAGGGUUGCUCUCCUGCAAAACUCUGUGGAUGAGUUCUACAAAGCCAAGAAUGAAUUCGCUGCUAAGGCCACCGAGGAAGAAAUGCGUCUCCUGAGGUUCCAAAGAAAGCUGGAGGAAGAGAAGGGCGAGCCGCUUGUGGGAUUUUCUCUUCACGACACCAUCACAGCGCUGCUGUCUGUGGGGUUACACAAACGUGCCGAGCAGCUCUACAAGGACUUCAGAGUAUCUGAUAAAAGGUUCUGGUGGCUGAAGCUCAAGGCCCUGGCUGAAAAGGGAGACUGGGAUUGGCUGGAGAAAUUUGCCAAAAGCAAGAAGUCUCCUAUUGGAUAUCUGCCAUUUGUGGAGGUGUGCAUUAAACACCAAAACAAAAAUGAAGCCAGAAAAUAUGUUUCUAGAGUCACACCAGAGCAGAAGGUCAAAGCUCACCUCGCAGUGGGUGAUCUGCAGAGUGCCACGGAAGCUGCUAUCGAGAGACGGAACGAAUCGGAGAUCAUUACCGUCCUGUCACGCUGUUCGGCCACAACUGAUGUCAUUUUGGUGGAACGUCUAAACCGGGCUAAAGCCACCGCUGCCAAAAAGUGAGCCCGUCCACUUCCACCCUGAUCAGCUGAACUGACGAACACUGAACCAAUGUGCACCCAAAGGAUCCUGCACGACUUCACGUGAUUUUCUUUCUGAUGUAAUGGAAAAUUGGAUAGAUAUGUCUGCAAAACAAAAGAGUUGACACAGACGGAUGGAGUUUGCCAGGGUGUGUGCACAGAGAGAAAGUCUCAUGGUCAGCGUUUGCCUUCAGCGAGUAGCACUUCCCAUCAUCCUCUUCACCGUAAUCAUGUAAUAUCUUUGCCUUUAACAGAUUAUAAAGAUGAAUAAAACCCAUUGGUCUGGUCCUUGAUUUUGAUUGGUUGAGCUGUGUUUGAAGCUUUGGUUAUUGUCACACCAGUAUUACUGCAACUUGAAUAAUGUUUUUAACAGCAUUAUUUCUGUGUUUUUAUGUUAUGAGACCCUUCAAGGUAUAUUGAAUUUAAAUUAAAAAUUAAAAAAGCAUAUUUAUAGUUUAUUUUUGUGUUGUGCUUACUUUUUAGAUUUGCUUUAAACCACAGCUUCUUGGGAUUUACUGCUUCAUCAAAUCUUACUUAAUCAUUAUUAAAAAUAAUGUAUUAUUGUAAAUAAAUUGUGGUUGCAUACUGAA